AUGCAGCGGACGUAUCUUGCAUUUCAGCGCAAUGCCAAACUCCACAGCCUCCAAACGGUAGUCACCGCUGUGAGAUCGGUUUCAUCUCUGGAGGACGCAAACCGGAGUCUCUUCAAGCAAGCCAACGACGAUGACCAUGUCGUGAUCACGGAGCAGACCAUCUUCCAUCCGCAGGGUGGUGGCCAACCUUCUGACGUCGGCGUGAUGAAGAGCGAUACCGGGGCGAAUUUCGAUGUGUCCCUGGUGAGGAUGAACGCCGUGACAGAAGGCGAAGUACUCCAUUUUGGCCGGUUCACCGAUACCUCAUCUGUCUUCAAGCCAGGCGAGACAAUCACCCAGACCAUCGACAGCGACAAGCGCAACCUGUACUCGCGUUAUCACACCGCAGGCCACGUCCUCGGCGCAGCCGUCCGCCAUCUCCUCGAGAAGGAAGUGGCCAACUUUGACGAGGUCAAAGCAUCACACUUCCCCGACUCGGCAGCGUGCGAGUUCCAGGGGCUGAUCGAAGGGAAGUGGAAGGAUGCGAUACAGACGCGGCUCGACGACUACAUCAGCAAGGACAUGCCGGUCGAGAUAGACUUCUGGGACGAAGACAACUUCAAGGCCAACGGUCUCGAGAGACUCAUCCCCGACCGCAGCGCCAUGGGCAUGGCGCCGGGUGAGAAGUUCCGCGUCGUCAAGAUGGUCGGUGCUGAGGCAUAUCCCUGUGGAGGAACGCAUGUCGAUAGCACCGAGCAGUGCGGCAAGACGAAUGUCAAGAAGAUCAGUCGGUCGAAGGGCGUGAGUCGCGUCGGCUACGUGCUUCCCUGA